UAAUUGAGAUUUUAGUCCUCCCCAGUUGUCCGGUUCUAUUACCACAACCACUCCAAAACAAAACAAUCUUCGGUAUCUCCGCAUCUCUUAACGAAUCUGAUUCUUGCCUCGAUAAAUUUGUUCUUUAAUUUCUUAAAACAUUGCUCCUUUGUUGUCUGGGACGUGACUUUGCUCUGCUUUAAGGUUUCAGCGAGUCGUCCGCCUGAGAAUUCUGUAUUUAUAGAAGGAUCCCCAUCUGGGUUUCAAUUAUCAGCUGGUGAUUCUUCAAUUUUCUUCUUUUUCUGUAGAAAGAUGGGCAGCGUGGAACAAGUUUGUGAAGAUACAAAUAUGACAGCUGAAAAAAUAGGGCAUUGUAAAGUGAGCUGUUCAAAGGAAGGGAAAGGGAAGAGAUUGUGGAAAAAGGUGAAGUAUCAGCUGGUAGAGUACCACUCACUGCCUGGAUAUUUGAGGGACAAUGAGUUUAUUGUGGGCCAUUACAGAUCAGAAUGGCCAAUGAAGCAGGUUUUGCUUAGCAUCUUCACAAUUCACAAUGAGACUUUAAAUGUUUGGACGCAUUUGAUUGGGUUCUUCAUUUUCCUUUCGCUUACCAUAUACACUGCAAUGAAGGUUCCAAAGGUUGUUGAUCUUCACUCUUUGCAGCAUAUUCCUGAUGUAUUGAGAAAGGCUGAUUUACACAAAUUGCAUUCAGAACUCAUGACAUGCCUGCCUUCCUUGCCAAAUAUGCCCGAUUUGCACAAACUUCGGAAGGAGUUAAAGACUACUCUCCCUUCAAUGGAUUUGCUUCCUUCACUCUCAGGUUGGCAUGUUGUGGAACUUCUAUAUAACUGUUUACCUGAGCGUUUCUCCAUUGGGAAUCACACUGAUGUUUGUGUUCUGCAAAGUGUGAAGGAGGAUGUGGCAAACAUUAUAGCACCCCUGAUGGUGAGACCAAUAACAAGGUGGCCAUUUUUUGCCUUCUUGGGUGGUGCAAUGUUUUGCUUGCUAGCUAGCAGCACAUGCCACCUCCUGUCUUGCCACUCUGAGCGCAUAUCAUAUAUCAUGCUCAGGCUAGACUAUGCUGGGAUUGCAGCUCUUAUAUCUACUUCCUUCUAUCCUCCUGUGUAUUACUCCUUCAUGUGUGAUCCAUUCUUCUCUAACCUCUACAUGGGAUUUAUAACUGUCUUGGGGGUUGCAACAAUCUUGUUUUCCUUAUUGCCAGUGUUUCAGAAUCCUGAGUUUCGCAGCAUUCGUGCAUCCCUCUUCUUUGGCAUGGGCGUGUCUGGGAUAGCGCCCAUUCUUCACAAGCUUAUCUUGUUCUGGCACCAGCCUGAGGCACUUCACACAACCGGGUAUGAGGUUCUGAUGGGGUUUUUGUAUGGUAUUGGAGCUUUGGUCUAUGCAACAAGGAUUCCAGAGCGAUGGAUGCCUGGAAAAUUUGACAUUGCUGGGCACAGCCACCAACUUUUUCACAUCUUGGUUGUUGCUGGGGCAUACACUCAUUAUCGAGCAGGACUGGUUUACCUCAAAUGGCGGGAUCUAAAUGGAUGUUAAAGAAGUGAUAUCAGACAAUAAUUGAUCAGUGGAAGGAGUAUUCCUUUGUUUGUAAGUUCUUUCUAGUUGGACAGAAGUAGGGGUAAUGCAAUAUAUUGAUGCGGUUGGAAUAUGACCAACCCAUAGUGAUAAUGUAUAUUCUUCAUAAAUAAGUUGUCUCAAAGUCAAGAACCAUCUAGUUUCAGCAUUAAUAAGUCAUAAAAAUACGAAGUACCUGUAAGUUUCUUGCACAGAAACUAUAGGAUCUUAAGUUGUAUGUGACCAGAGACAGCAUCGUCCAUGUUUUUGAGGUUGUAAAAUUGAUUUCAGGUCUCAGACAUGCUAAAUUCCCGUCAUUAAUAAACACCCUGUACAUUUUAUAA